AUGUUCUGCCAUGGCCGUCGACUCUCCACCUCCCUGAUCCGUCCGAGCUUCGCAGCCGUGCUGGGUCUGUCCUCCCACGUGCUGACCAGACGAAGCAAGCUUGCAACCUGCGACUCCAGUGUCCACCAGAAGAAAGAUGGGAGUGCCAGCGGUCCGGCUCGGCGCGUCAUCAUUGACACCGAUCCAGGUGUGGACGAUGCUCUGGCAAUUCUCUUGGCCUCGGGAUCUCCCCAGCUGAAGCUGGAAGGAUUGUCCAUCGCCUUCGGGAAUGGCAAGGACAUCGCAGCCCUGGGCUCGAACGCCAAGUUGAUUCUUCGCUUGGCUGGCUUGGCGACGACCCCUGUCUCUCUCGGAGCAGAGCCAACAACCUGCACCGACGAUGAAGUAGGCGCCGUGGUUCAACGCGAGGGCAUGGCGAAGACCCUGGUGCACGGGGAGGAUCACAUGGGCAACGUGAGUGCCCAGUAUGGCAAGGAUGCCUCAGACAGGACCGGAUUUCACGAGCUGGCCGCCCCGGAGUUCAUCUACCAGCUGUGCAAACGUCAUCCGCGUGAAAUCACGCUGGUCUGCAUUGGCCCACUCCACAACCUGGCCUCAGCCUUGCACGCGCACCCGGACCUUCCCGAGCUCCUCCGUGAGGUUGUGAUCAUGGGCGGGGCCUUCGGCGAGCGCCGUGGCAACCGGACGCCUUCUGCUGAAGCCAACUUCUUCGACGACCCGGAAGCUGCUCAGGCGGUGCUGACCGCCGGCUUCGAGCACCUUGUCUUAGCAGGCUUGGACAUCACGCACCAAACCGACAUGCUGGUCUUGCGGAAGGCGUGCGUGGAAUCGGGCUCCGCCUUGUCUCAGUUCGUUUGGGAUCUGUGCGAGAACUUCAUCAACGUCUAUCACGACUGGGGUGAGACGCUUGCACCGGCGCACGACACCAUUCCCAUCAUGUACCUGCUGCGGCCGGACCUCUUCGAGGGUCAGCGGGUGAGGGUCGAAGUGGAAACAAAGGGCGACAUCACGCGCGGGAUGUCGAUUGCGGACUGGAAAGGCCAGUGGCAGAAGCCCAAGAACUGCACCGUGCUGCGUCGGAUCACCGACGGCGACGAGUUCUGCAGAGAGUUCGUUCGGGCGAUCUCUCGUUUACCGGACUUUGCGGUGCGGCUGUCGGCCGCGCUUCGGCAGCUCGCCGAGGCCCCUGCGGCCGCCAAGGAGGGCGAGCCCACCGUGCGGAAGCACGCGCAAGGCCUGCACGAAUCUUGCCGCCGCUUUCAGCUGCUGGCCCGGAGUGUGCCAGACGAGGUCGGCAGGUGGAAGGACGAGGACUUGAUUUCGGCCGUCCAGGAUCUGCAGAAGCAGGAUUCGCAGCUGACGGAAGAGCUGCAGCGAGUUGCCAGCGAGGCGGAGCAGCUACGAAAGGAGUCAGAGCGGGCAGUCUGGAGCUUCUCCAGCAGGCUGAUCGGAGCGGAGGACGACCUCUCGGAGGAGGCGCAGGAGGACGCGAUCGAGACAAGGCCAAAGACGCCUUCCGCCAGUUCCUUGCGCCCGAAGCUCCAGGACCUUGCACAAGACAGGUCGCGCCGUUUCGCUGAAGAGCUGGAGUUUGUCCAGUGCCUGGCAAAUCCCAGCUAUGUGACGUGGCUUGCAGCACAGGGCUUUCUUGGAGACCCUGGCUUUGCGAACUUCCUCGACUACCUGUGCUACUGGAGACGGCCGCAGUAUGUGCGGUACAUCACCUACCCAGCAUGCCUUGCGAUGCUGGAUCUGCUGCGCGACCCGGCCGUGCGCGGCCGACUGCAGCGAACAGAUGCUGAGAGCUUCCUGAGCAGCAAUCUACUACACGCCUGGGGCAGAGUGAAGGAGGUGCGCGUGGGUCCGGAAGUUCUUCCGGAGCUUGCCGGUGCUGGCACUGAAGCCGACACGCCCGGGAUGGACGAGCCGGCGCCGAAAAGUCCCACGGCUGAUUCCUCCAUCACUGCCGGCAUCUUCUCAAACGUGGGUGGCACAGGACCUGACAAGGGCAACGCAAAGGCCUGGCUCAAGAAGACCUGGGACAGGCGCGCAGAUGCGCGGUCCGGAGCCAGGACGAUCAGCGAGGAAGCUGAAGCAGCUGCUCGCCCACUGCUGCUGCAGUUCUGCGGGUCCACCGAGAAGAUGGAGCAGACUGUGAAGAAGCGGAAGCAGACCUGGCAGGAUCCGUCAGACGGAGCCAAAGGUGAUCUCGCGGAGGUGAGUCGUGGAUCCGAGCUGGAUCCGGUACCAGCAGAGGUCCCGCUCCUGAGACGGACAAAGCCUCGGACUGCGUGA